AUGCACUACCGGAAGCCUCCUCCUCUGUACAGGGACAGUUCGCGAAGGGAUCCCAGCAAGAGAUGUGAAUACCACAACGACAAUGGACACAGUACCAAUGAGUGCAAGAAUCUGAAAGAUGAGAUCGAAAACUUGAUCCGAUUAGGUCACCUAUAUGAGUGGAUCAAGAACCGGCUACCCCAUCUCAACCCGGUUCCAACAGGCGGUCCAUUGCCUCAAGGGACACCAGGAGGUACACCUGGAGCAUUGGCACCAGCUGUACCCUCAGGGGGAGCGAUCCCUCAGCAGACCCCUGGCUUGCCACCAAGACCCAACGGAAGAGUGGCCAUGAUCUCUGGUGGGCCCCAUAUUGGGGGGACCACCCGAAAAGAAUUAAAGCACUACGCAGGGGCCAUCAAACAUGACAAAGUGUGGGAAGUCACCCAGCUUCCAGCUCAAAGGCCCCGACUCGUGGAUCAGCCAAUUACUUUCAUGAAGGAAGACGCAAAACUGGUGCGUUUCCCUCAUCAUGACCCCCUGGUCAUAGAGACUCCGAUUGCCAACAAGAUUGUGGCUAGAAUAUUGAUCGAAAAUGGGAGUUCCGUGAACUUGUUAUUCAAAGAAGCCUUCACAGCGAUAGGCCUCACGGUACCGGGAUUUAUCACCAAGUGGUUCCCAACUCACAGGAUUUAA